AUGGCGGCGGAGGUGAAGGCUUGGGAGUUGCAGAUUCCAGGUUCGAAUCCAAGCGAGGUCCGUUGGUGUUCCCGGAGGUAUAAGGCCGCUGGGGGCGAAGGCCCGUUGGCGUCGAAUUUGAUUGCAGUUAUUGGGAACGAGAUUGAAGUCGGAAAACCGAGGCUUCCCCUUCAGCGUGACGCUCCUAAUCCUCGGGAACCGGCGGGCGACGAUCUCCGGCGAGACGGAGUAGCAGUUCCCUAUGAAUACGUGGCGGCGUACCAAUCAGUUUUGCACGACCCGAUCGAGCCUUUCAUCUCUGAUGAACAGAAAAUCGCUGGAAAAGACGAUGAUGUGUACCACUUCAUCAGUCUCGGCCAGUGCUCCAACGACCUUGAUUGGCUCAAACUGGUUGGACCGGUGAUACAGGAACGCAUCGAGAAGUGUGCCUAA